UCACUUUACACAACACGUGGUUUUCUAGAUGUUUAAAGCUCCACUAUAAACCCAUAGUAGAUUUAUGAACCAGGUUACAUUAAAUAUUCACCUGGGGAAGGAAGUCCAUUCAUUUUGAAAGGUGGUUGGGUAAUUUGUGUGGAGAGGGAGAGGGAGAAUAGCCCUUUUCGAUAGUGUCGGUCACUGAGGUUUGCUGGCGUGUGUAAACACACAGUAUCUGUUGGUGUCUGUUGUUGCUGUGUACCCGAGGAUGAACAGUGUAGGGGAGGGAUGCACGGAGCUCAAACGGGAAUACGAUCAGUGUUUUAACCGCUGGUUUGCAGAGAAGUUCCUCAAGGGAGAUCGGAGCGGCGACCCCUGCAUUGAAAUGUUCAAGAGCUACCAACAGUGCGUGCAGAAAGCCAUCAAAGACAAGGACAUCCCGAUUGAAGGGGUCGAGUUCAUGGGACCCAACAAGGAGAAACCUGGAAGUUGACUGUGACAUUUAAGCGACUCCCAGCAGAACAUUGCAGCAAGUCGGUCCUCCAGACCGACACCAGUGGGCAUCAGCUUGAUUUCUGGGGUUAAAAAAAAAUGUAAAGGCUUUUAUGUUAUGUCUUGUUAAUUGUAUGUGAAGAAUCAAGAAGAAAAACGUUGUUAAUGUAAAUACUGUUUUGUACAUAAUGUUAGCUGUAUAGAAUCAUAGGGAGACCCGGCUAUAGGACCGUGUAUUCUUUCUUUGACGCUCUGUGGAGGAGCCUUGCUGCGUUGUGGAUCCAAGAACAGAACAAUACAAGACUUUUAAAAAAAAAAAAAAAAAAAAAAAAAAAGAAAGAAAGAUAAUGCUUAUUAAAUGUGUUUUUUAUUGUGUAGCCCAAAUUUGGAUUCAUCCCCAUUUCAAAGCGGCAGUGUUCUAUGAUCAUGUUUAAGAUUUGGUUCCUUGUGUCUCUACCACCAGGCUGUGUUAUUUGUCCAUGUUGUUUACAUUUGCAAUAGACAUUUCCUAGCCCUUGUACACAUGAUGAUAAUGUUAGCUGUUAUUAUUUGUUUUCAUUUGUUUCAGAUUGUGUUUUUGUGAUAAUGUUGUCCAGAAAAUAUUAGUGUGCCACAAACAAAAGUUCUGCACACACAGCUACCUGAUCUGAGACACAAACACAAUAAUCCACCUCGCGCCAUCUUUACAUUACAUCAUCACACAUGCACAGUUUUGGAUCUUAUUAAACUUCUUAUUAGAAAACCCUUGUUUAUCUGUGUGAGAUACACUGGUGAACUACGCAGUCUCCUGAGAGAUGCAGGACAAAGUGUUCAGUUAGUGUCCUGGCAUUAGGUCGAGAGCUAAGUGUUUCAAUCAAUAUUUAAUAUCUCUGGUUUACCAGAACAACGACGCUUUCACUCCAAACGUUUCCAAAAACAUUGAUACGCUGAUGCUUUUAACAGAAUAGGUAUGGGCAAAUUUUGGAUCUAAUGGUGCUUUGCUAAAUGUUUAUUUGCUAACUGGAACAAAAGAAUAUAAUAAAACAUUUGCUGCAAUUACCAUGCCUUUAAUUGCUAGUGACCUCAGUUUUGUGCAGGUGUGGCAGAAGGGCGUGUGUGUGUCUGUAGAGUGACCGUUGGCUCACCAGUAAAGGAUUGUUACCUGAGGCUGCUGUUGUGAUGUUUUUUCUUUUGUUUGCAUUAACUUGCCCAGCUCUGUAAUGCGUGUUAUAUUUAUUAACUAUAGGAGUUUCUCAAAGUACACUCAAGUUCAGAUGUGCAAACAAUGCAGUGACAUCAUUUGCAUGCCGGCUUGUCCCAGGUGCUAUAAAAUAGCCUGUGUCACAUCCUGGUACUUUUGCUGUUACCAUUUGGUAUCAGUAUUUACCAAAUACAGUUUAAUGACCUGUUUAAGGCACUCUUACAUGUAAACAUUUUAUUUGUGUUUGUGAUUCUCCUUUAAAGACCGCAAGGUUUGACAGCCCUUUUUGUCUUUGUAAAACAGCAGCCCCUUGUGGGGAAAUUAAAGUAAUGCUGUGAAAUGUAACCUCAGCG